UGUCCAUCGCCAUUUCUGCUGUGGAGUGUGCUCUCAACUUAGAGAGAGAAACAAAGAAAAGAGCAGAGAGAGAAAGAAAGGUCACUUCCAUUUCCAGGCUUGUCUACUGAAAAUUCGGAUUUCUUCAGAGCUUCUGUGUGUAAGCAGCCAUGAGUUAUUGUUUUCCUGAUUGGAAUUUUGAGGGUGACCUUCCUACAGCCAACCAUAAGAAAUCAAUGGGACCUGAACAUGAUGAUCUUGUGGAGCUUUUAUGGAGAAAUGGGCAGGUGGUGUUAAAUAGCCAAAAGGGUAGAAAACCAAGUCUAGUUCCUAGUGAUGUAAGACAAUUUCAGAAACAGAAUCAGCUACUUUAUAGGAGCAAUGUGUCUUGUGGAAAUUCAAGCAAUUUGAUUCAAGAUGAUGAGACGGUCUCCUGGAUACAAGACCCGAUUGAGGACUCAUUUGAAAAAGAAUUUUGUUCCAAUUUCUUCUCUGAAUUGCCGCAUGCUGAUCCUAUUGAGAUUGUUAAGCAGCCUAUCAAACAUUUCCAAGAUGAGAAGCAUACUAGAUUUGGUGCCUUUGACAAUACAACUCAUGUAAGUUUUGGGAAUUCUCAAAGACCGAGUUCGAAGCACCCUGCAGCAGCUCUUGCUGAGUUUCCUACAAACACAAUGCCUCCUCCAAGAUUUCAGCUUCCCAAUUCGACACAGCAGACCAAGGAUUUUGGAGAUUUGGGGAAAAUAGUAAACUUUUCUCAAGUUCCUGUGCCCUUGAAGGGUGACUUGGGAUCAUCAAAUGGAGGGAGAGAGUCUGGAAACUUGAUACAGGGAGAGGGUAGAGAUUGUUCAGCAAUGACAGUUGGUUCGAGCCACUGUGGAAGCAACCAAGUUCCUAAUUCGAAUGAUCCCGAUGCAAGCCGGGUUUCGACCAGUGGCUUUGGAAAUGCUGGUUUAUCUGCUGGUCUCUCCAAGGAAGAUCAUAGAAAGAUGGUUCCACAAGGUGAGAGGGGCAAAACUGAGACCAUGGAUCCAACUUCCACUUCAUCCUCUGGCGGUUCGGGAAGUAGUAUGGAUAGAAGUAGGACAAUUGGACAAUCUAAUGGAGGUAAUAGAAACAAACGAAAAGGCAGGGAUGGAGAGGAAUCCGAGUGCCAGAGCGAGACUGCUGAACUGGAAUCUGCUGAGGGAAACAAAGCAGCUCCACGGUCCGGAUCUUCUCGCAGGACUCGUGCUGCGGAAGUGCAUAACCUUUCAGAAAGGAGGAGAAGAGAGAGGAUAAAUGAAAAGAUGAAAGCACUGCAAGAGCUCAUACCACACUGUAAUAAGACCGAUAAAGCUUCGAUGCUGGAUGAAGCCAUUGAAUAUUUGAAGUCACUUCAAUUACAACUACAGGUAAUGUGGAUGGGAAGUGGGAUGGCACCAAUGAUGUUUCCGGGCAUUCAACAUUACAUGUCUCGAAUGGCCAUGGGUAUGGGUAUGGGUAUGGCCCAACCUUCAAUGCCUUCAAUUCACAACUCCAUGCAAUUACCUCGGGUCCCAAUGGUUGAUCAAUCAGUUUCAGUGGCUCCAACGCCAAACCAGCCUAUGAUGUGCCAGCCUCCAAUUUUCAACCCCAUAAAUUAUCAAAAUCAGAUGCAGAAUCCUGCUUUCCAAGAGCAGUAUGCUCGUCUAAUGGGCUUACACCAUAUGCAACCUGCCUCACAGCCCAUAAAUGUCUUCAGAUUUUGUCCCCCAGCAGUCUUGCAGAGUCAAACAGUAGCAGCACCGGGCCCUGUUAGUGGACCUAAUGCUGGAGGAUCUGUAACUAAUGAUAUUGUAGAUUGCAAUUUGGGUUGACAAAGUGAUUAUGCAUGUUUAUCUGUUAGCAACGGUCCCUCCUCAGUUUGUUGUAGAGCAUCAUUGCCAGAUAUGGUGGAAGCAUGAUUGUUGUUCUCUCUGUGUAUAUCUGAUACAGAUUCUUGCCUCCAAGUACAGCUUAUAUGCCUUCCGACUCCAUUACCAUAUUAAAAAUUAUUGUUCAAAGCAGCAAUGUAAGCUUCAUUAAUCUGUAUACUGUAGAGACAGCUAAAAAACUCAAGAUUCUAGAUCUUGCAAUUCCAGGUAUUUAACAAAAAAAUUUUUGUCAAAGAAAAAAAAAAGAAGGUUACAAAAUAAGAUCAGCUAGUUUGUUCUGCCAAAAUGAUGAGUUGAGAAGCAGCUUAAGCUCCUUUUUAUGUAAUAUCUGUUAUCUUAACACUGUUUAUGAAUUCAAAAUAAGUUAGAUUUGGA